AUGGAAACUGUCACAGUGGAAUCAGCCCCUGCCACCAGUAUGUUAGAGACAGGUCAUAGUAAUUCACUGUUGGACUCUGACAAAGAGGGCACAGAUAAAAGAAAAGAGGAUACCACUGUCCCGCAGACUGAGAUGUUGUCCACGGAGCAUGAUUUGGAAAAGAGGUCAGGUUCUAUUGGAGAGAUCACAGAUGACAGCUCCUAUUACAUCACAUGGACAGUUUACAUUGCGCUGGCUGUCCCAAGAAGUAAGUUUGCUUGAAAAAAUAUGUGUCAACAAUUUACAUUAGCUCCACAGGGAUUUUGAAAAAUUCUCAUACUUACAGCCAACAGGAUGAUUUAAAACGCUAAAUAAAAACAUCAAUUAUGUAGAAGAAACUCAGUUGACCUCCUUCCUUCCUUUUUUCUUUUUUUUUUUUUUUUUUUUUAGAGGAAGAGACUAAUGCUCAUGAAACUCCAAAAAAGGCCAAAGGAAGACAUAAGGACCCUUCUUCUAUUUUGAUGAAGACUCAUGAAGCUCAGAGCUGUUAUCACAUUGAAUACAAGCUGUUACCAGGUGAUACAGAAACAGUGAAAGUGGAUCUAGUGGUGUUUGGACCGGUGGUGAAAAUAUACAAACAAGAUGAGGUCGAGGUAACAAUGAAUUGAUGAGAGAUGUGUCUGUUUGGAUCACCUUAAUGAACAAUGAAUAAACAGUGACACAGUAGGGUGGUUUCUAUAACUUAACAUUUCAUGAUUUAAAAACACAUGCAGGAGAAAAGGUGUGACUUUUUUGUUUCAGAUUCUGAGAACAUGGCAGGAAGGAGCUCACAUGUGGAUAGUUUUGAUUCAGAAGGUCGAGGUUAGAGUCGACAAGGACAUGCUUACCAGUCUGCUGUCUCAUAAGAUAAAGCUCCAGAUUUGGAACAGUAAAGAUAAACUGUUCAGCCAGGCUCGAUAUGACAGACUGAAAGCCCUUAGACUGCCUCAGGAUCCACCUGAGGAUUCAACAGACAUGUGCAGUAAGUAUCAAUUUCAGCCUGAACCCUAUAUUCUUCUCUUUUCGUUUGAACAAAAAUGACCUAUUAUAACAAUAUCCGUCCUCUAAGGUGAAACUAAGUGUGUGGUGACCAAACUGAGAACCUUAUGGGUAAAGAAGUCAAACAUGUUCAGAAAGCACAAAAGUGAAACACCUUUUAGCUGCGAUCCAGAUGUGGGCUCGAAAACAGGUAUUUUAAACAUUCAUAGUUUGCCUCUUUAACUGUGGAGUCAUAAUAAAUAAUGAUGCAUUAUUGUAGUUUCUAAUUCCACUUCUUUACCAAUAUCAUUCAAAUAUAUUUGAAGGACGUCAAUGAGAGAUAUAUCUCCAUAAACUUCUCCUUUAUCGUUCAGGUUUUCAUCAAUUACCAUCUGAUGCCUCUAUCGUGGAGGACAUGAACAAGAAAAACACUGCCUCAGCUGAAGUCAGUCCUGUUCGUUUGUUGGCGGGUGAGUCAAUACCAUAGACUGUAUAUAGAAUGGACGCCAUCUGCCUCCUCACUGGGUGAAGUCAACCCAAGAACCCGAGAACAGCACACUCUGGUGAUGGGCUGCAGUAUAGGUCAUAAAUCUCGCCUCCUCCAGAAAUCCUUAAGGAGCUGUGGGCAAACUUUAGAAUUUUAUUACAAAGAAUAUGCAUUUUAUUCUAAGGGAAUGAUGCUUAUUAAUGCUUAUUACCACUCAUGUCUGCACAUGUAAUGAAAUGCUUUGUAAACAAAAUUAGAUUAGCUCAAAACAACUUUUUCUACUAAGCCAACUAUUCAGUGGAAAAAGAUGGAGCUGAUAGAGUUACAAUCUAUGUGACUUGAGUGUCUAAUAACUGCAUCUUCUUUUGACUACAACAAAAGGAUUGGGUACUACCUCUUGACCACAAGGAUUAAAAAAGAAGGUUUAUAUUUCCAAAGCAGGGUUAAUUUUAGCAGACAAACACUAAAAAACAUUCAUAUUACUGUAUUUUUGUGCUUACCAGGUGAGACUUCAUUGACUGAAUGCUUCCCACUCUGUUCAGCUGGUGUAUUUGAGCUGAUGUGCAACAUCUCUUUGGACAAACCGUUGAUAUCCCGUGAACUGAAGGCUGAACUUAAUCCACUGGUCAUCACAAUUUUGUCUGCCACCUCACUGCCUGCAUCACCAGUUCCCUUCCAUGUCCUACAGGUGAGGCUUACACACAUAUUCGCACUUACAAUGCCAUACCCAUUAUGUGGCUUUCACAGCACUAAGGUGUUGUUUUGAGUGUAAAUAAACUAUUAUUUGAUGGCUUUGGCAUUUAGAAGUGAGCUCUGACUUAAACAAGUUUAAUCGACUGUUUUACCAGGAAAAAUGUGAGCCUGUUUACUGCCAGUACAAGUUCCAUAACCUGACUAUGCACAAAACCAGUCAUCACAAGCACAGCACCAAUAUCUACUUCAGAGAUGUGAAAGUGAUCCUGACUGGCUUGAUGAAUCCGAAAGAGCUCCAAGAGUUCCUCUCUGGACCACCUCUGGAAAUCGAGGUUCACGAUCGUGACGCAAAGUUGGAGGAACUACCAAAACCCCCUGCAGAGUUUUACACAGGGUUAAACUAUGAUAUCCAGUGUGGAAUGGCACAAUCAAAACAGAAGACUACAGCCACUCAUUCUUAUGGGAUUUGCAGCCUGGACCUCUCAGAACUGUUACUUGGGAAGAAAAGCUUAAAGGUGCAGUUACCGAUCAGAGGCUGCCCUCCACCUCCUACACAGCUGCACUGGGAGCGAAACACGCAGGACAGAAACAUGUCGGACAUCGCAGCCAGCAGACAUCGCGUGCCGCGGGGACACUAUUUUGAAGCAAAUUCCACACUCAAAGUCGAGGUUCAGCUAGCGUAUCCAUUCAAUGCCAGGAAUGACAGCUGUAAAGUGGACACCCAUGAUAAACCUUUUGGACGUAUUGUCUACCUCCUUAAUCACAACAACUCCUCUGUGGUGAACAAACUCAGGUCAGAGAUCCUUAGAAUUAACGUAUCAGCCUUCAAUCUGGGCUCACGCUCACUGGAAAAUAUUGAGACAGCCCUAUCAAAUUACAUAAUGAAUUUCAAGCUUCAUGAAAGCCAGGAUCUGGACUUUGUUACAGGAUUCCAUGUGCUGGAUAAAAGGACACACAUUUUUGUUCUUGAAGGGCUGAGACACAAAGCGGUGAAGAGACUUUGGGAGGCUGUUCCGAUGAAGUAAGUCCAUGAGCACUUUCCUGCCAAACGGGCAAUUAACAGUUUUCAGCUGUGCCGUCUACUUGAACAGAGAGUUUGACUUCCAAUGAGAAUCCUGAAGUUUGUUCAAUGCUUUACAGGCUAAGUGGGAGCACAGAGGAGCAGGUGAUAGUCCUCUACAACUCAAACAUGAGUUUCUUCAAGCGCCUCUAUGAGUCAUUAGACUUGAGCCUGAGUCCUAUCUGUUUAUAUGAGCCACUAGAGACCAUCAUGAGACAGCCAGUCAUCUACAUCAGAGGCACAGUGUCCCCACCAUGUUUCCAAGCUUUGACAAGGUACUAAAAGACUGCAGUAAAAUAAAACUUGUCUGGUUGUGCCCAUAGACUGUAUAUACUGUGGACAACUUGGUUCCGCCUUCUGCCAUUACACGGAUUUGAAGCCAAAAUGCUCUCGAAAUUUUCGUGUUUUUUUUCUCCACUUCCUGAAACCAACAUUGUGCAGUGGCAUUGUACGCAUUCGGCGGGAGAGUUGCUGUGAUGAUGCUCGGCUCAAACAGCGUAUCCCCCGGGUGAGCUAAGCAAUCUUCGUACACCCAUAGGCUGUAUCAAGUGUCAAUCAAAGAAAACAUGAACCCCCUAAUAACUUUUAAUAACGGAGCUUCACAGAAAAAAGAGGACUUGAGCACAAACCAGUCUUACAAUAACUACAUGUCAACAUCACAACCAGGGGGGAGAAAAAUUUAUAUUCUGUGUAAUAAAUUUCUAAAGCUUGUCCACAGCUCCAAUGGGAUUGCUGAAGGAGGCGGGAUUUAUGACCUGUACUGCAGCCCGUCACCAGAGGGUGCUGUUCUCGGGUUGGCUUCACCCAGUGAGGAGGCAGACUCUGUCCAUUCUAUAUACAGUCUAUGUUUAUGCCAUUAACAACAAAUCAUGAACAACACACGACAUAAAUCCUGCUCGAAUGUGUGUUGCAGUUUGAAUACUUUGUUGGUCACUUUGUGGAAGCGGAGCAAGCUGUGAACACAAUAGUACCACAAUACUAAUAAUCUGCUUUUCUGCAGAGUGUUUCUGUCAAAACAAGGAUAUGAAGUAAAAAACGUAUAUAGGCUAUGCCCCGUUUUUUUCUUGCAUCCAAGUUAUGUAUCUCAUAACAAUGACCAGUUGUUUUAAUUUUUUUGUUUUUGUGUAACUUUCAAAAUGGGGAAUUUAUUUCUCCUACAAAAAAUGCAAAAAAAACAAACAAAAAAAAAAAUGCAAAAAACAAAAAACAAAAAAAAAACAAACAAAACAGAAAUGACUGUCAAGUUUCCCUAAUUAUUGCUCUGAUAACAGAUAAAGCAUGAAAAGUCUUUUCAGCACUGAAAGUACUCAGAGUUUGUUACAAAGCUUUUUAAACUUAUAAGAAACCAUGUCCUCAUAGAUUCUUGUGUUAAUUUUUUUAAGACGCUCCUCUUUAUGAAUGACAUUGUAGCCUUGAGGAUAAAAGUGGUAUAACCUGCAGUCGACUACAUCAGGUUUCCUGUUGAUUAAGUUCUGGUAAAUUUCCACCCAGGUUAAGCCAGCUUUGUCAAGCAAAGCAACUCAAAGAUGUGGUUCAGUGCAACCUCUUCCCUGCAGCUGACAUGAUUCUCAGCAUGAGCAAAGAAUGUGGCCUAACUGAUAACCAAUGGAGGCAAAAGGCUGACGCUAAAACUGAAACUGAGAUUGACAUCCCCACUCAGCCAGUCCAGAUAAGAAGAGAUGCACCGCUUGACAUAAACAACAGAGACAACAUGAUAUGGAAACGUACCAACCAGCAGUCACCUCGCAAACAGUUCAAAAACUUCAUUGAGGUCUGUAGGCUUGAGUUAUUCAGUGAAUAUUGAAACAUUUUUUGCAGACUAACUCAUUUUUCCUGAAUUUCCAGGAAAAUAUUAAAAAGGUGCAUGAAGACAGUAAGCAGUUGCAGAAGCCUGAGGCUGCUGUGCUGAGGAUGGACCAGAAUUCUGAUAGACCAGUGCACAACUACAGCAUUCAGACCCUCAACGCCAAAGAGCAAGCCAUGAAGCUCACCCAGAAGGAGAUGGCCAAGGUUAGGGUGUAAUUCACAAUAACCUCUCUUUGCAAAAUGCAUAUAGUGAACCUGGGCUUGUAUGUUGUAGUUUGGUGGAACAGGAGCUAGCACCACUGCCUGAAACAAAAAAGGUUUUGAUGUAGUUGUAGGUCUUAGUAAUAUCUACAGUGUGUUUUGUUUUAGCAAAAUCUCAUGACAGCAAGAAAGCAAUGCUGUAGAAUCCUCAGCUGUUUGAAUCCACGGUAUCCUGUUGAGUCCCAAAGUGUAUAAAACUAUGUAUAUAACUAUAUACACCAUAGACUGUAUAUAAAAUGGACACCGUCUUCCUCCUAGCUUGGUGAAGCAAACUGUGACUCUUUCAGCCUUGCAUACUAGAGCUGGGAUGCUGUUUUUACAGCUCAAAAUAGUAUUAAACAAAUUGAUUAAGCAGCUUCUUGGCUUCAAUGUAAACAUAGUUUUAAAUUUAGGAGCUUAAGUGUCUGAGAUUUUCCUCACAGGAGUUUGGUGACUGGAAUCAAGAUUGAAAACGUCUGUUAGCUUAUAAUAAAACAAUAAUUACCUAGUCCUUUUUGCAGUUUGUUGUUUUUGCUGUCUUGUUUCAAUUUCUCAGUAUCAUCUGUCAUUGCUUUUAAGGCUCCUGGGAUGAUUAUUAUUUGUGAAGAUAAUCACUGAUGUAAUACAUUUCUCUGUUAAAACUUCAGGCCCCAGAGCGAAGGUUUACUUACAGUCAGCAGUAUCAGAGUGCCACAAUAGAGCCAGGACGCAUGCCCUCUAAAACUGACUUCAGCCCCACUGCCACCACCACAGUUUGGAUCUCAAUUAUGGGCGGCGGCAGGUGGAACGGUCACCCAAAACGCCCUGAUGAGGCUCGUGUGGAGGAGCUGAGGAAGGUAAGUUCUUCCUCUUCACAGGAAAAGGAAAGUUUAGUUUACAGGCAUUCCUCAAACCCUGGCACAGGUCUAACAUUUUUAUGACUGUUGACUUUGACAGUCUUUUUCUCUAUCGCACAAAAGAGCAAAACCUCACACAACUGGUGCAGAUCUCUUUGCACCUACUCAAAAGACAGUAGUUCUUGUGUUCUGGGGUUAGACUGAUAGUUUUCGUCUUCUCUUCCCUCAGCCAUGGAGGGAAAACAUCCUCCAUGCCAACAUACUGAAGCCCACACUUACACGAGAUAAAUGGUCCUGGAGCCAGCGCAGUGAGGACUUUCAGCUCUACGGCAAACCUCCCCUACUCUUCAGCCCGUCUCCGCUCUCUAUUCACCUGGCUGGUAGGCUUCUCUCUCAUCAGAAAACACCACAAAUAACAUCUUCCAUGAACCGUUUCAUUUGGCUGUAUGUUGGAGCAAUUCUCUUUUUCUUUAAGUGACUGCCAAAAAGUUAACUACCACUUGUCAGACAGAAAUAUGUCCAGUGUAUUUAUUAAAGCUCUAGCUGUAAAAGUCCGUAUUUGCUGUCAGAAUCAAAGCGAGGCCCUUUUUAUAGAGUCACCCAAGUAGAAAUCCAUCAUAGGUCCAACAGCUGUCUUCUAUUGCUCAAUGCAGGCCAUAUGACAGGCUGUGGGGCAUGGCUGCUCCCUGCUUUUUCCAUGGCUCUAUCUGUCAAUGCAGAAGUAUAACAAAUACACAUAAAUAAAGGCGUCUAACAGAGACGAUGAUGUUUCUGUGACCCAUUAUGCUUACUUAGACCUUGAAGUAUUCAUGAGUUAUUUUUAUCAGUUUAUUGUCUAGCUAGCUUAUGUGGCUACAUGCGUUUCUUCCUCAUAUUUAUGCUAAAAAUUCUGGGAAGGAAAUGUUCCAGGAAGUCAGCAGGUCAUCACACAAAAGAAGCAACGGGAAAUGGAGCCGAUUAACAAAAACCACAACAAGGUUUUUAACAUUCACAACAAAGUGCAGCAACUUUUUUUUCAGACCUCAUUGUGUUCUGGGACUAUUUUUCCUGUUGUGUCGUGUUUUCAAUAUGUCUGGGACCUUGCAGUGAAGAAAUCCUGACUUAAACAUGUCUGUUGAAUUUGUCCAAAUCCACAUAAAUUAUUACAUCAGAUAUAUCUGCUCUCAAUCAAAAGGCGAAUUUAGGACACGGGCCAUUAGUCCAAAAAUUGAAGUCACUCUCCAUCACCAGCUGUGCAAAGCCUGCUGUAAUCCCUCUAGGCAGGGAUAAGGGAGCAAAGACUAGAUGACAGCUAUGACUUAGUUUACACUCUGUGUUCACAGAAUAGUCUUUUCCCAGUAAGUCAAGAAACUGAAAAGCACAAAUUAGGACUACUAGACUGGAGAAUGAAUUUGGUGAUGGAGGGAUUUUGGUGAUAUCAGCAGUAAAGAAGAACAGAGCUAGUGUAUUUGUGUUUGUUCAUUUCACAGACCAUCCAGAAGAGUCACUGUCCAAGCUGUUAAGCUAUACAGUAUAAGAUAAGUCAAUGUGCUUUUGAUCCUCAGGAGACCUUCUGCAGCAGGAGCAGCUGGAGGCAGCCAGGAUCCAGCACAGUCGCUGGCUGAACAAGCUACUUCCUGACAGCAGCACCAAACCACCUGGAAACACCCCCUUCCCACGGUUCAAGUGUCACAUGGGAAACUCCAACAGACUGCAGGACAUACUGAAGGAUGAGCCCAAGAAGUAUUCACUGAGGAGAGCAGGCAUGAUCCUGAAGGUACGGUGAUUCUACAUUCAAUUACACAACACACAAACUUCAUGCUCAAGAAGUAAUAGAGCGGUCCAUGAGGUGACGCUGCUCCAUUUUUGAACACCUCUCAUAGAUGUCUUCGACAACGUCAGAACAAACUCUCAUCUCUCAUUAUUUACUGUGUUUAUCAUGGAGUAACCAACCAAACCACUGAUGUGCUCUCAUUGUAGAGACAUCAGAGCUCCUGUGACAAACUUUUUUUUUGUCAGUAGGAUGGGGGCCACACCAUGAGUGUCUCUCCUUUUAUCUCCCCAGCACAGAGGUAUUCUUUGCAGCUUGAAAUGGUGCGUUGUCAUGCAUGGAGAUAAUUUCAGUGUAGAAGGCACGGUUCUUCUUUUUGUUCUAUGGAAGAAGGUGGUCAAUCAGAAACUCUAUAUAGCCAACUUCAGGGACCCUAAAUAAAAAGGGUGUACCAGCUCUCUCCCCAUGACCCCACCACCUCCUUGCCGACGACACAGCCUUGUUGGGAAAUGGUGGCCAUCCACCAACCAUCCACUACCCCAUCAAUCUGGACUAUCAGGGUUGCACGGCACUCAUCAUUAGACAAGAUUGUUUGAAAAUUAGUCUUCAUGUAUUUCUGGGCCCGCUGCAACGCUUUCUGCUUGUGAGCAUUGGUUAGUAGGUUUAUGCACAACUGCAAGCCUCUGGAGGAUCCUACACUUUGAGGCCGAGGGACUCCUUGAGCACCAGCAGCUUCAAAUACCUGUUUGCUGUUUUGUGAUGACAUUUUAUCAGCUGCUCUUAUGAUCUGAUGAAAUAGUCUGGUAGAAACCUUCCCCGUCGUCAUCGUUGUCUUCUGCUUCCCCUUCAUUGUGGGGGCAGCAGCUUCAGGAGGGAAGCCCAGAUGGCCCUCACCCCAGCCACUUCCACCAGCUCCUCUGGGGGGAUUCCCAGGCACUCCCAGGCCAGACGAGAGAUAUAAUCCCUCCACCUGGUCCUGGGCUGGCUACGAGGUCUCCUCCCGGUGGGACAUGUCUGGAACACCUCUAAUGGGAGGCGUCCAGAAGGCAUUCUAACCAGAUGCCUGAACCACCUCAGUUGACACCUCUCGACGUGGAGGAGCAGCGGUUCUACUCUGAGCACCUCCCGAGUGUCUGAGCUCCUUAGGCUGAGCCCGGCCACCCUGCAAAGGAAACCAAUAUUUUGUAUAGGAGACAGAAGCUGAGGCAGCGUUGGAGGGGACGGUGGUCGGUCAGGCCACUAAAUGCGUCACGGUUGAAGGACGGAGAAUUCUUUUCUCUAGUAGUACUGAUAAGAGAAAUUGACGACGAUCAUCAAAAAGCCCCGCUUUGUCUUCUUCGUUCUUCUCUAGAAAUGCGUAUCAGGUUGUGAGAGCAGCAACACUGCCCCCAUGGUUUCCGGUGGUACUGCUCUGUCUGGCCUGCAUCUGUAAACUUUAAGAAUACGUGCAGAAAUAUGGACGAAAAGAACGCAAAGUAUGGACGGAGAGCUCCGUCUGUAUCCGGAUCCAUACAGAACGUUGAGCAAAAAUGAGCCUUUACAAUAAUAAUCUUUAGCUUGAGAGCCAACAGCACUGUUUUGUUUUGCAGCCUUUGCCUCAGCUGUCUGUGACGAACUUAGAGGUAGAGGAAGAGAAGAGUGUGGCCCUGGCUCCAGGCCCCUACACGGACUGCAGCCUCAGCUCCAAAGACAAUGCUAUACCCAGACUCCCCUCUCAGCACAGCAAGUACCACUAACAUGUCAGUUAAAGUUAGAGUUUUAUUCAAAAAGAGAAAAAAUAACACUAGGCAGACAGAAAAGGUCAUAAUCAAAAUCUUCUGUGUUCAUAUUAUAUUAUGUCCUACUUCUUAUAGGGGAUUCAGUAAGCAGCCUUCAUUCUUGUACAAGCGGACUGCCCGUCUUCUGACAGAUGAUGAUAAGGGUAUCUUCAUCUUUCAAAAGGACACACCUGACAUGAAGGCACGUACCUGCAGAGCUGAUGCCCAACCUACAAAAACUGUAAAUGAAAUAGGAGCUGAAGAAUAAAACUAACAUCCUGUGCAGCAGUUCCUGGUAGUACUUAGCUUAAUAUGCACUUUUGAUCAAACUUCAAACAAAGUCAUUAGGUCUCUGGUGUUAUCUAUACGCCACAGUUGUUAAAAUACAGUAACUGAAGCAGGAGUCUCUUAAUUUACCAAUCAAGCUUACAAAUCGUGUUAACAAAGCCCAGUCCAGAUUGUUGAGCUCAGACGGAUUAUUGGGACUCGAAGUUUGACUCGUCCAUAUUGUCCAAUCUCAGUGGAGUAGACAGAUCAAGUAUGGUGGCAUGGUUGAGCUCAGAAUGUUCUUUCCAGAGGGUGAGAGCAGACAUAAGCUCGGUUCUCCAAGACCUCCCUGGCAA